GUGCCCCAUACCACCAGACUGGGGUGUCCCCCCGCCCAGGCACUCUGGCACAUCCCCCGGGCCGGGAAGGGGAAGCGAGAGUGCCCGGGACCAGCACUCAGUGCCACGGGGCACCCCGCGGAGGCAGCACCCAGCCCGGGGUCUGGUUCCCCCCCAUCCUGGCACCAUCCAGGGUGCCCCCAGAAGCAGUGAUGGAGAAGGACCCUGACUGCUGCCAGGAUGGAGCCAAGAUGGUGCCAGGUGCUGGGCUGGGCACUGAGGGGACAGAGACACAGCUGGACGAUUUUGUGGGUGCUCACCCCGACUACAAUGAGGAGGAAGAGGAGCAGAAGUAUUUCCGCCGCAAGCGUCUCGGUGUCAUCAAGAAUGUGGUGGCCGCCAGUCUGGCGGGCACCCUCACCUACGGCGUAUACCUGGGCCUGCUGCAGAUGCAGCUGAUCCUUCACUAUGAUGAGACCUACCGGGAGGUGAAGUACAGCAACAUCCAGCUGGAGGACAUCGACCACAAGGUGCUGAUGGGCAUCAACGUCACACCAGUGGCGGCGCUGCUCUACACACCCAUCCUCAUCAGGUUUUUCGGCACCAAGUGGGCCAUGUUCCUGGCAGUGGGCAUCUACGCCCUCUUCGUCUCCAGCAACUACUGGGAGCGCUACUACACCUUGGUGCCCUCCGCCGUGGCCAUUGGCAUGGUCAUCGUGCCCCUCUGGGCCUCCAUGGGCAACUACAUCACGCGGAUGGCCCAGAAGUACUACGAGUAUGUCAACUACAAGGAGGAGCAGGAGAGGGUGCGGGCACCGCGGGACGCUUGUAACGCCUACAUCAUCAUCUUCCAGACCAUCUUCUAUUCCUGCUUCCACUUGAGCUUCGUCUGCGCUCAGAUGCCCAUGGUCUUCUUCCUCAACAACUACCUGUACCAGCUCAACCACACGCUGUUCGCAGUGAAGCACUGCGGGACCCUGAGCCACGGCACGCUGCCCGGCUUCAACAAGACAGUGCUGCAGAGCCUGCCCCGCAGCGUCAACCUCAUCGUGGUGGAGAGCGCGUUGAUGGCCGCCGCCUUCCUCGCCAUGCUGGUGGUGCUGUUGCUGUGCGGCGCCGCGUACCGGCCCAUGGAGGAGAUCGACAUGCGCAGCAUCGGCUGGGGGAACAUCUUCCAGCUGCCCUUCAAGCACAUGCGGGACUAUCGCCUGCAGCACCUCCUGCCGCUGUUCAUCUACAGCGGCUUCGAGGUGCUCUUUGUCUGCACCGGAUUCUCCCUGAACUACGGCGUGUGCACCCUGGGGCUGGAGAAGUUGGCGUAUCUCCUCAUGGCCUACGGCUUCUCUGCCUCGGUGUGCUCCAGCCUGGCCCUGAGCAUGCUGCGCCUGCGCCGGCAAAUCCCGCUCCUGGCUGGGGCCGUCAUCCACGCUGGACUCCUGGUGCUGCUCUUCUGCUGGGCACCGGAGCCCCGGCAGCAGGCACAGGCACCGCUGCUCUACAUCGUCGCCGCACUCUGGGGCACAGGCAGCACCCUCAACAAGACCGGAAUCAGCAUCCUCCUGGGAAUGCUGUACAAGAACAAGGAGCGCCAAGACUUCAUCUUCACCAUCUACCACUGGUGGCAGGCCCUGGCCAUCUUCGCCGUCUACCUGUGGUCCGGGCUGCCCAUGAAGGCCAAGCUGUCCAUGCUGCUGCUGACGCUGGUGGUGGCGGUGGGGACGUACCUGUGGAUGGAGCGGAAGCUGGCACGGCGCGUGGAAUACCGGCUGCCCCGCCUGCCGCGCCCACGCCACAAGCCCUGCGGGUACCGCUACCUGGAGGAGGACAACUCGGAUGAGACCGGCUCCGAGGACGGCGGGGACCAGCAGGACGGCAGGGAGAGCCCGGCAGGGGCUGCCCGCGGGGACGAGCAGCCCAGAGAGGACGGGGAGCAGCUGGGAUAGGGACAGCCCGGCCCCGCCCUGCCCUCAGCGCCGAGCGGGGCCAUUGCCCUCCCUGGGGAUGCCCAAACCCCCCCCCCCCCCAGUGGGCCCCAAACCCCCUCAGGUCAGGCUUGCAACCCCCCCAGCAAAGCAGCCCACAGCGCCCCCAGGUCAGGUCCGCAGGCCCCCAGACUGACCUGCAGCCCCCCAGGGAGGCUCACAGACCCCCAGACUGUGGUACAGACCCCCAGGCAGACCCGCGGCCCUGCAGGUCAUGCCCACAGUCCCCUAAGCUGGGGUGCAGCCCCUCAGACAGAACCACAGCACCCCAGCCCAACCCUGCAGCACCCCCUGUGGGGUCGACCUGCUCCCCCCCGGGCAACCCUGUACCCUCGUGGGCAGACCCACAGACCAGGGCCACAGCCUCCCUUGCUAAACCUGCAGCCCUCCAGGCCAACCUGCAGCUCCCCUCCACACACACCAUUGUCCUGCAGCACCCAAGGCAGACCUGCAGCCCCCCGGACCGAUCCCACAGCCCCCUUUGCUAAGUCUGCAACCCCCAUGCUGGCCUCAUAGACACCCCUCCACACACACACACCCCU